AAAAUAGCAAAAAAAAUGGGAUCAGGAGGAACUAACACAAAUACUGAACCAAGUAAGUCACUGUAACCCCCACCAACGUUACUUACGCCGCCGUAUGAUACCCCAGUAAUUCCCAAAAUUAAUGUUAUAAAGAGCACUAAGUUUAUGGAUGACAAUGGAAAAGAUAUAAAGCUAUACCCAACCCGCGGCCGGCGGCGCGGCGUGCUAGUGGUAUUCAGCUACAUCGAGUUCCGUGCUCAACUGGAGACGUACCGGCGGGGAGUAGACGUGGACUGUCAGAUGUUGAAGAACCUCUUCUCCGAGAUCGGCUUCGAGGUUAUCUCUUUCCAGAACCUUACCAGAGAUGAAACUCUCACCCACAUGAAAAACCUCCCCUUAAAAGGCGCCGAAUGCGUGUUCAUAGUGAUCUCGUCCCACGGAUACGGACGCGACGGAUCCUGGGACACGGAUAUCCGGUGCUCCGACGGCGGGCUGAUAUCCGCGCACGCUGUCGUCGACCACUUCAAUAACCAGAACUGUCCCGCGCUCAUCGGGAUACCGAAGGUGUUCAUAUUUCAAAUGUGCCGGGGCGAGAACCGGUACUUGGAGCUGGCGCUGGCGGAGCAGGGGGUGGGGGGAGCAGGGGGGGCGGCGCCCGCCACGGACGGCGCGCCGUACGGCUCGGGCGCGGCGCCGCGCAGCAGCCGCGCCGGCCGCCGCCGCGACCGCGUCUACUCCGACAUACUCAUUGCACACUCCACGUUGCCAGGCUUCGUGUCCCAUCGCGACAUGGACAAGGGCUCGUGGUUCAUCCAGGCUCUGUGCGAGGUGUUCGCGGCCAACGCCCACGAGUGCCACGUGGUCACGCUGUUCACGCUCGUGGACAAGGCGUUGCAGGAGCGCUUCCGCGUUCAGACGUCGGUCGUCGAGAAUUGGGGGUUCAACUGCAAGCUUUACUUGCAUCCGGGACUCUUUGAGGACUAGUAUCGUUUGUGACGACGAUUGUGUUCAAAGUUGUGGACGAGGUUUGUUCAAACCUAUGUUGUCGAGAAUUGGGGUUGAACUGCAAGUUUAUACCUGCAUCCGGGAGUUUUAGAAGGAUUAUUCUCACGUGUGACGAUGUUCGAGAUCGUGAACGAGACAUAGAAGAAACUUUAUGUUCGAACGUUGGCCGUAGAGAAUUGAGGGUUCAACUGCAAGCUGUACUUACACCCGGGAAUUUAUGAGGACUAAUAUGUGAUGGUGCUCAAGGUCAAGUGCUUCCAUGUGUGC